CGCUGUGAUUGGCCGCGGCUCGCACUGUGGGCUGUCCCCACCGCGCUGCUCUUCGGCUCGGGUUACAGUUGAGCUCGAGCUGCUGCACUCACCGGAGCGCGGAGAGUGUGCUACGCGGUUUAAAAAAAGAAAUAUAGCGAGAGACACCGGCGUGGAGAGGUUGGCGAGCGGAUUCACAGCCACGGAGCGGACCGGAAGACAGGUCUGACCCCCCCUCGACACUUUUCUUCUUUUCUUUUUUUAUAUAUCCGUGUCCGAGCAGCGAGAGAAAACACUAGUGAGACAGUGCAGCUUAUUUACGCACCGGCCACGCAGCAUGUCCCAGGCGGACUAGAGAGGCGACCCUGCUGGAAGCGCAACGCGCACGCGGAACGGCGCUGAGAGCCGCGAGGAAUAUUGACAAUAGAAACUCAACUCGUUCGCGGAGAAGAAUAGCAAAGGUUUCGGAGGAGGAGGAGCGAAAGAUAACACUGGAAUGAAGAGGACCUCGGGGUUCCCGGCGUGCUGCGGAGUUGUGACUGAUGGAUGAAUGCGGCCAUCUGUAGGCUAUAUCCAGCGACAGGUACAGACGCCACCGGGGGAGCUCUGACAAAGACGCGGCGCAGCGCUUCAACCGGCAGCCGCAUCGCCAAAUUGUAUUUUCAAGAAAAAAAAGAAGAGAGAGAGAGAGCGAGAGAGCGAGAGAGAGAGCGAGAGAGAGAGCGAGAGAGAGAGAGAGAGAGAGAGAGAGGAAAAAAAGACCUGUGCGAUCGGUUGUAUCCGUCUCAUCGCACAUGAGAUCGCACCGUUGACUGUUCUCGACACGUAAGAAGGUCGCGAGGGGGGCUGCGUGUGUGUGUGCGUGUGUCUCAGCCACAGGUCAACCAGGACACUCAGGGGGCUGCUCGCCUCCCCAGAUCCCAUCGAGAACCGGCGGAUUCGUCGCACGUCCCGCGGACAGUUCAGACGGGGACACUCGUAGGGAGGUCUGGAGACGAUUUUUAAUUUUUUUUUUUAAAAGGUCGGACAGAAGGACAUGUAUCUGAUAACGACCUCACAUGCUCCCGACUGAUCUCUGCUCACCUUCCCACCGGGCGCACCACAGACGCAGGCUGCCCGGCGCACCGUCCGACGCUCUGAGAUCCCCUCGGCUCGCCGUCCGUCCGUUGAUCAGAAUGGCGGGACCCGGUUGUUGGAAGUAUUACCUCUGGAUCUUUAUUUUCACGUGCAGGUCGUCGCUCACCUCGGCCAAAUCGCUGGAGACUAUAAUCUGGGGCGUGCAGAAUUCCAAGUUUGUGGCUGGACAGGGCCUCGUGAUCUAUCCCGACAUCGGGGACAAGCUGGACAUCAUCUGUCCCAAAGCGGACCAAGGCGGAGAGUAUGAGUUCUACAAGCUGUACCUGGUGAAGAAGGAGCAGGCGGAGAGCUGCAGCACGGUCCUCGAUCCCAACGUGCUGGUCAACUGCAACAAGCCCGAGAAGAACAUCAAGUUCACCAUCAAAUUCCAGGAGUUCAGCCCCAACUACAUGGGCCUGGAGUUCAAGAAGAACUUCAACUACUACAUCACCUCAACCUCCAACGGUACCAUCGAGGGCCUGGAGAACCGUGAGGGAGGCGUGUGCAAGAGCCGAGCCAUGAAAGUCAUCAUGAAAGUCGGGCAAGUCCCGAACCAGGCCAACCCCGUGGCGCCGGACGCUACAAAGGACAACGUCAUACCGGAGUCCAGUCCCAGUCCGCCCGACCAGGGUCGGAUCGGGCCCGAGGUGCCACGAAACCCUGACCACAUGAAUCAGGACCCGUCUGGAAACCCUGGAAACUCGGACGGCAUACUCGGCUCCAAAGUGGCCGUGUUCUCCGCCAUCGGGGCCGGCUGCAUCAUCUUCCUCCUGCUCAUCCUCCUCCUCGUCAUCCUGCUCAUCAAGAUGCGCAAGCGCGCCAGGAAAAACACCCACUCGCAGCCCCGCCCCUCGGCGCUUUGCCUCAGCACGCUGUCCAAUCCCAAGCUGCCCGGGGGCACGGCUGGCACGGAGCCCAGUGACAUCAUCAUUCCUCUGCGGACAGAGAACAACUACUGCCCUCACUAUGAGAAGGUGAGCGGCGACUAUGGCCACCCCGUCUACAUUGUCCAGGAGAUGCCCCCGCAGAGCCCUGCCAACAUCUACUACAAAGUCUGACGCGCUCCGCACGCACGGCCAGCGACUCGGGAGGGAGGGAGAAAGAGAGGAGCGCCUGAUUUAUGUCCUUGGGAGGAACACUUUCCUUUACUUUUUGGGGACUUGAUGCGUCUUCAAGCCCAGUAUUAUUUCUACCACCUGCUGCACAAAUCUGGAGAGACGAGCUCUGACCAGAAACCAGCGGGGUUGUGAGCUGACUGAUGAGAGGUUUAUUCUGUUUGUUUGGGUUGUCUGACAAUUCCUCUUCCCCCCCCCGCCCCUCACCCCCUCACCUCCACACCUGCUACAUCUCCCCACUGUGCUCCGACAGGGGUGUGUGGGGGGGGGGGGCUGGAGUGAACCAACAGAUGGAACUCCAGCUUCCUGGUUUUGCUGUCCCCUUUAACGGGCAGGAUAUAACUUAUCUCAGUUCCCUGAAGUACAGUCUGUGCUACACCCAAUUAAACACACCAUCCUAGCACACAAGCCAGGAACAGGCAGACACAGGCCCGGACGCCACUCAGCCUGCAGUUUGUGUGCAAGCGUUAAAUGUGUGUGUGUGUGCGUGUGUGUGUAUGUGUGCGUGUGUGUGUUAGUCAGGGCUCCGCGCUGGGCCAGGAAACUCUCCAGGUAGCUCAGGUAUCAGACACAGUGUGUGAAAAUAACGUGUUCCUCUCCCUUCACACCUCUGAUGUUUGCCUUACUUACUAUUUUUGGUGGAGGAUUUCCUCGAACCCUGAUUCAGUUCACAAAGCAGUUGUAUUUUGUUAGACUUUUCCUACAAGUGCACAAUGUAUAGAGUUGAAUAGAUCAUCAUUAUUACUCCCAUCUUCUUCUCGCCACCCAUGUCAUCCAUCGUGUUCAUUGUUUCUUCUUUUCUUUUUUUUUAUUAUCAGAAAAUGAGCCGGACUGUUGACAUUGAGGUGUGUGUAUGUGUGUGUGUCUUGGAAAACUCCCUUCUCCACUUGUCUGAUAUGAGCUUUAUCUUUACUCUGGUAUUUAUGACCUACUUAUUUGUAUUUGAGGGUGCGUCCUCUCUCUCUGUGUGUGUGUGUGUGUGUGUGAGAGUCUGGGCAUGUCCAGACCAGUCCGGUAUCUGGGCAAGACUUGCUGGCUUCGGGGUAAAACACUAAGUUACUGUAUGGUGAGACUCAAGAACAAGACAGACCGACUGACAUGCAGACAAGCCCAAGAUCUUACAAAACUCUCUCAUUGCUCCAGUUGGCACCAACUGAAGGCUUUAUUGUCUCUGAUGAGCUUUCGGGGGGUUUAAGACAGCAGACAGGUUGAUAUGUGUUUGUUCUAGCUUCUGGUGCUCCGGUGUAGGCAUCAAACAGUUCGCCUGCUGCCUGGGCGAGGUGGGCGUGGGUUGUGUGGUCGCCGCCGAUUGGCUGGCCUACAUAGGUAGGGUGCCCUAUAUAUAAGUUGGAUGGCGGGCCGCGGCUGAACAUUGGCAUACAGUAUCGCCGGAUGCCAAUUGGCUGCCAUCUGUGGAUGAGUCAGUGGAGUGCGCAGUCAGUGGUGUCGCCAGCGUGUGACUAAUCUAUGUGCCAUCUCCGUGCCCACACUCGCCAGCCGGGCAGAGAGAGGGAGAGGGAGAGAGUGAGAGAGCAAGAGAGAGAGAGAGAGAGAGAGAGAGAGAGCGGAUGAGGGAGAAAAUGUUCCUGUGACUUGGCUUUAACCUGACAGGAGGAGGAUGG